GUAAAAUAUCAGGAUAUGAUCUAAAAACUUGGAAUAUUGGAAUUUAUUUGUUCCUGGUCUCGUAGUCAGCAUUCCAAGAUGGAUGUCACAAACCAGUCUGUAAUUAGAGAAUUCAUCAUUGUGGGUUUUCCCGAACGUAAUGGUAUCCAGCUUCUGUUAUUUCCCUUUUUCUUUAUUAUUUACUUAUUUAUCAUCUGUGGCAACGUUACAAUAAUUACUCUUAUCUGCUCCCAUCAGUCUCUACAAGUUCCUCUCUAUUUUUUUGUUGCUGUUCUUUCUUUUUUGGAAAUCUGGUACACGACGGUCACCAUUCCGAAAAUGCUUGCCAGUUUAUUGGACCAGAAGAACAUUUCCUACAACAGCUGCCUAGCACAGGUAUAUUUCCUACACUGCCUGGGUAUCACCGAGACUUACCUGCUUACAGCUAUGGCCUACGACCGUUACCUUGCCAUAUGCAACCCUCUAAGAUAUUCAUCUAUAAUGACUAACAGGUGUUGCCUGCAACUGUCUGCUUGUUGCUGGCUUACAGGCCUACUUGGACCUAUAACCCAGAUCACCCUUCUUUCCAGAUUACACUUCUGUAAUGCCAACAAAAUUGAACACAUAUUCUGUGACUUUAAUCCAUUGAUCAGCUUGGCAUGUUCUGACACAACUCUCAAUGUCAGAGUGGAUUUCUACAUUAAUUCAUUUCUUCUUUUUCUUGCCUUUGCCUGUAUUAUCUUGUCUUACGUGAAGAUCAUAUCUGCAGUUCUAAGGAUAAGCACAGAAAAGGGACGGAAAAGGACAUUUUCCACUUGUAGUGCCCACCUCACUGUUGUUAUUCUGUUUUUUGGUAGCGUGACUUUCACCUAUAUCAGACUAACCAAAAAUUACCCUUUAAACUAUAACUACAGCAUGGCGGUUAUUUACUCGGUUUUAACACCAAUGUGCAACCCGGUUGUUUAUAGUCUGAGAAAUAGAGAAAUAAAGGAACUGUUGAAGAAAAAAAUAAGAACAUUUUGGGAAACAACUUAAGAAGAGAGAGCUUGUCAGUAUAUGUACUUUCAGUGUUGUUGUUUGGUUUCUUUUAGAUUUUUUUGUAAUCUCUGAUAGAAAUUUUCUCCUUUUGGGCGGCUGCAUAUUAAAGUGGGACUCCAGCUUCUGAACCAAAAUUUGUUAAAGAGCCCCACUCUUCUCGGUGUAAUCGGUUCCUUCAUAAAGUAUGAAUAAAUACAGGUUUUCAUAUGCUGAAAUCCAGCUGCAAAACAGUUCUUCUC